AUGGAAAAUAAAGGACACCUUCUUCCUGUUGAAGCAUGGAGACACAUUCAGAAUUAUAGCCUCAGUCCUGCAACCGGAUCCUAUCGAGCAACCGAUCAUUCCUACAAAAUGAGUAUUGUUAUGGACUUGGGAGUGCUUGAAACUAUCCAAGUCGCAGUGAAGUUUACACCUCGCGACAUCAAGUAA